CUAUGAUCACUGGUUUGUCAAUGUUUAUGUCAAAGAAAGUAAAAAUGUUUCAAUUUUUUUAAAAACCAAACUGGAAAUGGUGGCAUUUAGAUUGUCGGCAAUUAUUUUGCUGUUUUCAAAUUUAACACAUAUAAUAAAUGGUGCAACCCAUUGGGUUGUUACAGAAAAUGGCAAAAUAGAAGCGAAUUUUGACUCACCUUACAACAUUCGUAGACCUUAUGAUUUACUUGCGUUACUUGAACAGGAACAAAGACUAAAAGAAAUCAAUGCCCUUUAUUCAGAACUUCUCCAUAGUAAGAAAAACAUUGACCAAAAGUUAUUCAAACUGAAGGAUAUUUCAAAUAUUGGUAAUAAGCUUGAUGAUUACGAGUGCUUGACUAAGGGCAAAGCACUGAGCAAUGUUGACUUCUACUCUAGUAGAUCUAUGGAUGGAAAUAUCCUUAAGGAAAUACAGAUAUACUUAAAAGAAGAAUAUGAUGUCAAUGCUCAUAAAGAACCAGAUUGCGAAAGCUACAGUCCCCUAGAAUUUGGAAAGAUAUCUUUUGAUAAUUUGGAAAGCGUUAAGAACUAUGAAAAUAUCAGCCUCAUACCCGACAAGACGUUGGAAAAGUCUUUAGGAGUUUCUUCGAUUAAAGAUUUCGGUCAUGAAGUAUCCAAAGCCCUGGAAGAGAAUUCAACAUCAUGGGUACAUUAUAACUUAGCAUCCUUAUAUUGGAGGAUAAAAAAUGUAGGCCCCAAGGCUAUUCAGUGUAGUAGAAGAGCUAUUUAUUUUGCCUCACAUCAUUACCGUGACAUUCCUCUUCACAUGCUAGCCGGAGUUUUACACCAAGCACGUGAUUCGGAAGAUGCGGCUGAGCUACUUCUUGCAGCUAUUGACUUAGCUCCAGAUCAACCCAUACACCUUCUGGCUUUGGGCAACGUCUAUGCUUCCUUAGCGGAGUAUAAUAAAUCCAUCAUUUAUUACGAUAAAUACCUGAAAGUUCGUCCGGAUCAGGAUGUGAUCGCGAACAAAUAUGCUGCACUCUGCUUUUGGAAACUUGAAAAUGAUCUUUGGAAAUUGGAGAAUGAAGUAGCGGAUAUUCAGAAAUUUUUUCAAGGAAUUCUGAUGGAUCUUCAAAAUUACCAUGAUCGUCAGUCUUACUGGCUGAAGCUGCAUGAACGUUCCCUAUUGGAACAGGUUUCCUUCGAAAAACAGCUUGUCAGUUUGAAUACACAGGGUGCCCGAGGAACUCUCCAAUUGAAAUCCUUGAAUAAAAAAUGCGUUCAAGAAAUGAUGGAGAAUCCCGACAAGCUGAUAUCUUGCGACAUCACACAUUCGAACGAGUUGAACGAAUUCAAACAAUUCGACAUGGAGAGUCUGUUCAGUUUCAUCGAGAGCGAGACGCAGCAGAUCAACAGGUAUUUAGCGAAGGGAAAAGAGGAAAUACUAAAAACGAAAAUGGCUUCGGUUCCGUCGGAACCUGAAAAGGGGGAGAAAGAUAGCGAAAUGCCCUAUAUGCCAAAGAUCCCCGAUGAUUCAGGGCCUUUUUAUUUCGACGAUCCCCAGUGGCCGGAGAAGAGAGAUUGCCAAAAAUGGAAUUUACCGCUCAACGAGGUCGACAAUUUAUAUUUACCCGUGUACUUACCUUUGGAUAAUAAAGGUUACAAGGUUAAAGAUAUCCUUUCGUCACUGAUUGGUAUUCCGGAAAAUAUCGAACACGAAUUACCCUGGUAUCCGCCCAGUUGUGACGAUUGGGACAGUUCUGACCGUCAGUUGAUCCCUUCGUACGAGAAGGUGGUUUCCUCGGAGUUCAAAUCCAAUGAGCACUUGAGAAAUCAUCUUUUAGGUCAUGUGAAUGGCGGUAAAGCAGAGGAAGCCGAGAUAGGUCAAAGGAUCAUCACUGCCAUGGAGAAGAAAGUGGCCCCACCUUGGGUGUUAGGAACGUUGGCCAGUUUGUAUUGGAGAGUCAGGGGAAACCACAAGAAAGCCUUGACCUGUUUGGACUUCGCGUUGAGAAACGUGCAAAAACAAGAACCCACCGAGACGAUCUUGGUCUCCAUAGCUUCGGUAACUCACCAGUUGGGUUAUACGGACGACGCGAUUAAAUUCGCCGUUCAGGCGUUCCAACAGAGCGAGGCGGAACCCAGCACCAAUUUUCUGCUGGCGCUCCUGCAUUACAAGAAGAACAAACCGCUGAUGGCCCUGUACUAUCUCAAGAACACCCUGAGGGCGGAUAGGGGUUACUACGACGGACAGGCGGAAAAUUUGUUGAAAAUCUGGAGCUGUCGGUUGAAAUUGGGAGCGUUUCCGGAGGUUCAGAACAGUGUGAGGCAGAAAGUUGAUAAGACGUGCACUGAUAAGGCGGCGACGAAGGAAGAGGGUGGCGAGGGUGUUAUUUGCUCGCUGAAGGGUGAAAACUGUCGAACUGCCGCAGUACAGUGUUUUCGAAGGGAUUCUGUACCUGAUAGCGAUGUUGUCGCACGUAAAGACGAUCAGGGUUGCGUUAAACACCAAGGGACUAACGAUGGAUCAUCCCUUCAGUCGUUGCUGGUCGAUCAUUCUUUGACGGAUUCCGAUCAGCUCCUCAUGGAAGGUUCAGUUCAGGCUUUCCACAUGAAGAUAUCCCUAGGAGAUAACCUAGCCCCUAUCGUCGCACUGAUGGACGAUCCAAUACCUGACGUGUUGGUGCAAGUUUACGAAAAAUCCGGCACGUUGCUCUUAUCCCCCAUGAGGUGCCAACAGAUCAAAGAGGCCGAAUGGGUUUAUUUCACCUCCAUGUGGCAAUCUAUAGCUACCAGGAACGUCGACAUUGGAAACUAUCUCAAACCUCUCUCGAAACCCCUCAAAGAUGACAUGAAACCGUAUUGUUCCCGUUCCAUACCGUCAUCCCCUGCGACAAUGGACCACCUAACGACGAUGAUAUUAAAGAAUAGACUCCCUAAUUCCCCGGAAAAGGCUCUGUUGGAAUGGUUGGGACUCAUGGCGGGCGAUCAGAAAGCAUCUCUGAAGGAACUGGGAGCGAAAAUCAGCGUGGCUUUGAAAGAUAACGCGACAUCGUGGGUGUUGGCCAAUGCGGCAGGCUUGUUCUGGCGUAUAGUUGGAAAUACUGAGGAGGCUGUUAUAUGUCUGAGACAAGCGUUGCUGUAUGUCCCGCCCAAUAUGAGAGAUGUACCCCUCAUCAGUCUCGCGAACAUUCUUAAUAGGGUCGGAUUCCACAACGACGCCUUAGAAGCCGCUUACACCGCCAUCAAGAGUCAUCCGAAUUACGUUUUCAAUCAUUUCACAGCUGGGAAUAUCCACACGGCGAUGGGUGAUUUUGAGAAGGCCAUCUCGUUUUACCGCGCUUCCUUGGCUCUUGACGCCAACUUUGCACCAGCUCGAAACAGAUUGUUGGCCAUAUCCUGCAUGUUCCUCUACGAUGAAUCGGGAAGUUUGAGGGAGUUGACAGAACCGUCAGAAAAUUAAAUCGAACUUUCCCUUGAUAGGGGUGUAUUGACUGAUACUUUCUAGUUUUACUUUGCCGAAGAUUCUGGUAUCUGUGUUAACGUUGAAAAAUCUCGACAUAUUCUCGAAUUAAAGAAUCUGUAAUUUUUUUAAGGCUGUUUUGUAAGAGUACAAAUAAUUUAAAAGUGGGAUGGGGAGGUCCUAUGUUAGAAUUUCGCUCAUGAUUUGGAGAGAUAUCUCUUUUUUUUUAUUUUGUCGACUGCGAUUUAUAAUUUUGUCAUCCGAUUUUAUUUUAAGUUUCGUUUAUUCUAUGUACAAUUUACUAGUUUUUUUUUUGAAGAUUGACGAAGAUUCAAAUGGGCGAAAGUAAACUGCGAACAAUAUAGAUGCAUCGUUUCUCAUGUAGACAGAUUUAUUCAAACUCGGGAAUAAAAAAACUUAAAUGUUCGACUUUAUGGGUAUGUUCUGAACUUCACUCUCAACUUGUAGUGAACGAAAAAUAUCCAUGAAAUUUAUAGUUAGAAUUCUCUUAAUUCACGAGUAGAAAUCCUAUUGAGGUAGUUUUUGGAAGCAUUAUUUUCAACCACUGCAUAAGCUUCGAUAAUUGUCUGUAAAUGUAAAUGAUACCUAAUGAAUUAUUGAUGUUAUGAUAGAUUUGGAGCAAAAGAUGACUAUUUUAUUGAACAAAUAAACAAUUGAGCAUGAAAAA